UCUUAUCGUUUAUUUACGUCAUCAUAACGUUAUACAGAUCUUACCAGUUGAAUACUUGAUAAGGAAUCACGAACUUCUAGAACAACAAGAGUAACAGGAUUCUGUUAUUACCGUUUUGGUAAACAUGGCGUCAACGACUAACCGCCGAACAUCAUUUUCCAUUAAUGCUGCUAUUCGAAAUUUUAAUUCGACACUAGAGCCCGGAAUUCAGCAUCAUCUUAAACAAGUUUACACUUGUUUGACUAUGUCAACUUUAUCAGCAGCUGUGGGAGCUUAUGUUCAUCUAUUCACCAACAUCUUGUCUGGAAACUUCCUUACAUCAUUUGUGGCAAUUGGAUUUUUGUUGACUCUGUUUGCCACUCCUGAUGAAAGUGGGAAAAAUGCCAAAACAAGGAUUGGUUUGUUAUUGGGAUUUUCAUUCUGUACUGGUUUAGGACUUGGGCCCCUGCUGGAUACAGUAAUUCGCAUCAAUCCGGCAAUCAUUUCCACAGCCUUCUUAUCAACUGCUCUGAUUUUCACUUGCUUCUCUCUCUGUGCCCUAUUAUCACCUCGUGGACAAUACUUGUUUCUUGGAGCACCACUGCUCUCAAUUUUUUCAUUGCUGAGCAUUCUUUUCUUGGCAAAUAUUUUCAUUGGAUCAGUCCUGGUUUUUCAGGCCUACCUGUACUUGGGAUUUGCCGUCAUGUGUGGAUUUGUUCUAUAUGAUACUCAAUUGAUCAUUGAAAAACGCCGCAUCGGAGACAAGGAUUACGUUUGGCAUUCAGUAGACCUAUUCAUCGACUUCGUCAAUAUUUUCCGGUAUCUCCUGAUCAUUCUUGCUCAGAAGGAAGACAACCAGAGCAAGAAGCGCAAGAACUAAAAAAAGAAAAAAUGCCUGGAUGGAUUAAUGGGUAAAUCCUGUUGAUAAACAGCAAAAAAAAAAAAAAUAAUAAUGAAAUAUAUGAAAUUAAUUAGCGAACAGGUAUUGUUUCCCUGCCUCUGAGCAUAUGUGUGUUUAUUGAUAACGAAAUAUCCGAUAAUACAAAGUUAACCGAAA